CACUUGUAAGGAUUUGCCUUGCAAUGCCCACUAUCACCCACUAAGCAACAAGCAGUGGUGUUGUUUUGUUUUGUUGGGGCACCCUUGUAUUCUUGUUGUGUUCGAGCAUAAAACACAUGCUUUUGGCCAGCUGUGAUUCCCAUCCACUCCACUCCAUGACAAGAGUGUUUCUAGAGAGACUGAUACAGACAACACAGAAUUUAGAGAGAGAGAGGUAAUCUAGGGGGCUCUGGUUUUCAAGAAAUUCCAUUAUUCCCUCUGAUCCCCCUCCAUGGACAACAAAACAAGUAGUGACAAAAACAACCACUUGUUUUGUCUCCAAAGCAAACAUGGAAAGUACCCUAAAAGCCAAGAGCUUUAAUUCCCAUUUCACUGCUCGUUUUGUAAACAAAAGGUUAGGCCAGAGAGGAAACCUUUGUAGAGUAGAGCGGAUAGCUCUUGGUUCACUUUGAUGGAUUAGGAGAAUUGUGGGACCAAGCUUGAAACUUUCUUCAGGAUUUUGGGUGGGUUUCUUGUGAAUUUCAAAACCCAGUUGUGGAUGAUUCAGUGUUGGUUUUGAACUGAAAUUCACAGGAGAAAAUCAGUGAACUCUCCCUGAAAACUUAAACCAGUAGAGCUUGCUUUUCUCCGUGUUCGUGUAUUCUGUUUGGUUUCUUGCUGUGUUUGGUUACAGAGAUUGCGUGGGAAAAGAACGGAAACUAGACUGUUUGAUUGGUGUUGAGUUUGGUCUCGUCGUUAAUGGUAGGAAUGGUUCAAGAAGAGGGAUCAUCAUCUGUAACUUCACCUUAUCAAUUCUUUCCAUGGAUGCCACUGCCGCCGGGGAUAGGAUCACCAUACCCUUGGCUGAGGGAACUGAAAUCUGAAGAGAGGGGUUUGUGUCUGAUCCAUCUUCUUCUUGCCUGCGCUAACCAUGUAGCGGUUGGCAGUGUUGAGAAUGCAAAUAUUAGCCUUGAGCACAUCUCCCAUCUUGCCUCUCCUGAUGGUGAUACGAUGCAGCGAAUUGCUGCUUACUUCACUGCAGCACUUGCUGAUCGCAUUCUUAAAGGAUGGCCUGGUCUGCACAAAGCUCUCAAUCCAAAACAAGUAUCUUUGAUAUCUGAAGAAAUUCUUGUUCAAAGAUUAUUUUUUGAGCUCUGUCCCUUUUUAAAGCUUUCAUACGUGAUCACAAAUGAGGCCAUUAUAGAGGCCAUGGAAGGGGAGAAGAUGGUUCAUAUCAUCGAUCUCAAUUCCUCUGAGCCUGCCCAGUGGAUCAAUCUUCUUCAAACAUUAAGCGCACGGCCAGAAGGACCACCUCAUCUGAGAAUAACAGGUAUUCAUGAGAAGAAAGAGGUGUUAGAGCAAAUGGCUCUUCGGCUGACUGAAGAAGCUGAAAAGCUAGACAUCCCUUUUCAGUUCAAUCCUAUUGUGAGCAAACUAGAGAAUCUUGACCUUGGAAAUUUGCGGGUUAAGACUGGAGAAGCUCUUGCUGUCAGUUCUGUACUUCAGCUGCACGCUCUCCUGGCCAUGGAUGAUGAGAUGCAUAAAAGGAACUCUCCAUCAGGAUCUAAGAAUCCAAGCUCUAGCCAUUUUCAGAGAGUCUUACGGAUGAACCAAAACCGACAUACUCUAGGUGAGUGGCUUGAGACAGAUUUGGUCAAUGUCUAUAGCUCUAGUCCUGACUCAGCAUUAUCCCCACUAUCUCUUUCUGCUUCACCGAAGAUGGGCAGUUUCCUAAAUGCACUUAGGAGUCUCUCACCGAAAUUGAUGGUGAUAACUGAGCAGGAAUCAAAUCAUAACGGGCUUAGUUUAAUGGAGAGGGUCACAAAAGCUUUGAAUUUUUAUGCUGCACUAUUUGAUUGCUUGGAGUCUACUGUAUCGAGAGCAUCAUUAGAGCGGCACAAGGUUGAGAAGAUGCUAUUUGGGGAGGAAAUUAAGAACAUCAUCGCUUGUGAGGGAACUGAGAGAAAGGAGAGGCAUGAGAAGUUGGAAAAAUGGAUCCUGAGGCUCGAGUUAGCUGGGUUUGGGAGCAUUCCUCUGAGCUACCAUGGUAGGCUGCAGGCAAACAGAUUAUUGCAGAGCUUUGGCUAUGAUGGAUAUAAAAUCAAAGAAGAGAAUGGAUGUUUACUUAUUUGCUGGCAGGAUAGACCACUAUUUUCUGUGUCAGCUUGGAGAUUUAGGAGGUGCGAUUGAAAGAUUAUCGAACAUAUGGGGACUGCUUUCUAUUAUUUCGCUACUGUUCUUUGUAUAAAGAAUGAUAACCUUUAAUGUGCAGUUGCAUAAUGUUCAACUUAUAAACUUUUAAACAUUUUCUCCAUUUAUAUAACGUUUUAUUAGAUAAUUGUUUAUGUUUAUUUACUCUCUGAUAAAAGUUGGAUGA